AUGCCCUCCGACGACUUGACGAAAUGGAUAACCUCCGAAGUCGACUUUUACACGCUCCUAGGCAUCACUCCCGAAUCUUUCAGCGUCUCGGAACUCCGUCGCGCAUAUCGUAAGACAGCCUUACUCUACCAUCCGGACAAAUUAGGAGACGCCUUUGACCCAGAUAAAUAUGAGCAAUUCCAAGCCGCGCAUGAUGUACUCGCAGAACCAGAAUUGAAACAAAAGUAUGACAACUAUCGCAAUGCGCGCGUGCAGAAACAAAGGGCUGCUGCGUUAUUUGAAGGCAAGAGAAGGAGUAUGAAAGAGGACUUGGAGGCGAGGGAACGAGGGGGAAGCCUGGGAAAGAGGAGUAGAGAGGAUGAGGAAAUGGAUGCGGAAAUCAAAAGGUUGGCUGAGGAGGGCAGGAAGAGGAGAGCGAAGAGGCAAAGUAUGCCUGUGCAGAGGGAAAGUACGCCUCCGCAGAAGGAGAGCAUACCCAAAGAAUCAGACGAUGAUAAAAUAGCACGCCUUGAAAAACAAAUCGCCGCCGCGAAAGCAAAGCGUAAAGCCGAGAAAAAAGUUAAAUGUUCGACACCAAAUAAGACAUUCAAUGAUAAGAAAUCCGGCAAUUUUGAGUAUUCGACUCCACAACCGAAAUUCAGAGACGCUAAGUCAACAUCUACUCCAUCCACAGCUCCACCUAAAUAUUCCUUUUCGUCCGUUGGGUCAAAAAAGGUGGGAAACGAUUUCGCGUCUACCAUGGAGAUGCUAAGAGAAGCGGGGAAGAGGGGAGUGGAGGAACCCAAAUCAGAUAUGCAGUCCACUCUGGACACUUAA